AUGGUAGCUCUGCUGUACGAUAUGGAGAUGCCCGAGGCCAAUGGCCCGCGCGAGAUGGACCUGGCGACUUCCAGAAUAGCGGUGCUUGGUGCACGAAAAUGUGGCAAGACGUGGCUAUGCAACCGUUGGUGUCGUGGCAGUCUGCCUUUGCCGGACGCGGACGACGUCGAUAUCGGGGAAGACAUAUUUUCCCGGAAAAUACUGUAUCCAGCGCUUGCUAACUCCAACAGCUGCAGUGAGUAUUCGCUGCUUCAAUUGCAUAUGAUCAGCAAUCUUCUUGAGUGCGAAAAACAGAAUGAAGAUUGCACGAAAGAAUCACAAGUACCGUCUGAAACUCCCAAGAAAGAUGUCACGGACGUUCAAGUACUGGACGGCGCAGAUGCCAUGCAAGCAGACUACUCAGAAGUGGUUGCAUUGCAAAUCAAGCAAACAGAUGGAUUUGUGCUUUGCAUCGACGUUACCAAUCCAGAGUCCGUGGAGAACAUAGAACUAUUGCAUCGUCAGCUCUGUAAGCUGCGCGGCGACAAAAUUCCUAUAGUGCUUUGCGCUUUAAAAUCCGAUCUGGAGCAGGACGAAAAAGUUGUGGAUCUGGACCAAAUUGUUGAGCUAUGCGACGAUCUACAAUUGGACAUGGACAAAUCCUUUUUCGAAGUCUCCGCCUUGGAAGAUUUUGGAGUUCAGGAAGUUUUCUACAAGGUGCUUCGAGACAUCGAUCUGUACAAGGAUUGGCUGCGGAAGGAGCGCAUGUUGGGAACAGAGGAGCCUUCCCAGAGCGUGUCAACGCCCUCGACGGCUAGUUUAGCAAAAGUGUCGUCCAUUUCAAGUUUCGCGAAGUCUUCAUAUUUACCCAGUGCGACCAAAACCAUAUACAAAAAAUCGGCAAAUGACCUUGCAUUGCGGAGCAAUUCUAACCCUCUGGCAAAAUUGUCCGAAACCUCCAGCACUGAACUGAGGACCGCGUCAGAAAAAGAUGUCAAUUCAGAGCGCUAUUUGGCUGGGAAAGCCAGAAAAGCUCAGUCCAAGCAGCCCUCUAAAUCGCCAAAUUUUACCAACACGAAGGAUGGGAAGCGUAAACACAGUUUUCCAUGCGGAUGUGUGAUCUGUUGA